ACCGCUGAAUUGCAAUGGUGUUCAAGCAUAGGGCUGCAUAGCUUUGGGUUCCCAGCAAAACUAGAACUUAGGAAUGUGCUGAACUGGCCUCCAAUUGGUACAGGCCCUUCAAGGUCAUUGUAGGAAACAUUGAAUUCAGAAAGGAAAUGAAGGUUCACCAGCCCUGAUGGGAUUGGACCUGUCAGAUGGUUGGAAGACAGGUCUAGCACCAUCAGAUUCUUGAGGUUGCUGAUCGCUUGUGGGAUCUCCCCGUUUAAGUUGUUGAAGCUCAAGUUGAGUGAAAGCAGUUCUUUCAACUGACCAAUCUCCAUGGGGAUCACACCACUUAAUUUGUUGUUACCUAGAUUCAACAUUUUUGGGAAUGCACUAGUCGCACGGUACUGAAAACACAAACAUGCGCCCACAUAAACUGUAAAAGGGGAGACUAUUAGGUCAGGGUGAUCUUCAAUCUUGUCCGAUUUUAGCAUUGGCAUCUGCAUCAAUGCUGUUGGUAUUUCUCCAGUGAGGCUAUUAUUCGAUAUGUCAACAUACUUAAGGAAGUUAAGGCUACUGAUCCAGGAAAGAGAUAUGAAGGUGAUGGACUUCAAAUUUUCUAUUUUCUUUGUCAACUCUCCAUGAAGCUUGUUUGUGGAUAGCCGCAACCAAGUCAAAUUACUGCAUGAGUAGAUGCUUUCUGGAAUUGUGCCAAUGAAGUAAUUUGAAGAUAAAUCUAAAAUUUUCAGAUUGGGCAAGGUGGAGAAGUUAACCUUGGCAAGCUCUCCCUUCAACUUAUUUUUCUUGAGGUUGAUAGUAACUAGAUUUGUGCAAUCACCCAAGGGUCCCAAUGAUGUUGUUUUGGCCAACCCUGAGCAUUCUAAGGGAGGAGCAUUUACCUAUUCCAGGGGGGAUGCUGCCACUGAAUUGGUUGUAAGAAAGGUCAAGCACAGCAAAGGAUGGUGAGCUGAUGCAGAAAGAGGAAGGUAUGUGCCCACUAAAACUGUUGUUGCUCGCAUUGAUUGCUACCAGGUUGCUCAUUUUCUCCCAUGUUGUGGAGGGAAAUGCUCCCGUAAACAGGUUGCUUGAGAUAUUCAGUACCUGGAGAGGCCGGUCAGGUGAUGACGAAUUCAGCUCCUGCAAUUCUCCAUCCAGGCGGUUGAAGCUGACAUCAAGGACGACAAUGCUGCUGAAUAUCAGCUCUGAUGGAAGCUCACUGGAGAGUAAGUUGUAUGACAGGUUGAGUCGCGACAAGCUGGUGAGCUCGCUCAGGGAUGAUGAGAUGCACCCUUGUAGGCCUCUUGAGGCCAGUAAUAGCUCAGUUACUGCACCAUCUUCUCCACAGAUGAUCCCUUCCCAGGUGCAACAAUCUGUACUAUUCUGCCAUGACGCAGCGAGGCCACCAUCCUGCGAUAGCCUGGUGAGGAACUGGAGGAGGGAGCGCCUCUCCCUCUCGGUGCAUGAACCGACAGGUGAGAUGAAGGUGAACAGCAGCAACACAAGAACAGGGCCAAAGAAAUUUAUGCAAAACCUGCUGGUUUUGUUGCUGCACGAAAAAUGUGGUAUUGGCUUCAUGGUUUGUAUCAGUUGGAAGCUGUGACAGAAUAGCGAGCUUGAUUCACCAAGAUAGGCUGGUAUUGUGGGCAAAACCAUAGUUCAUGAGCGAUAUAUUGUCGAAGCAUCGAAGAUUUACAAGUUGGAGUGUUGACCUAUGGGUUUACUCGCUGCUACCUCACUGGCUUGCUGCUAUGCUUAGGUUUGGAAAUUCUGUCCAACUAUGGCCGUUUUCUUUUACCAGUCUUAUGUUUUGUCUCAUGAUGCUUCACAGGAGGGCUUCCACUUAAAUUGGAUCUUUCCUUGUACAAAUGGCCACUUGACUGCUAUUUGUUAAAUUCUCCAUUCGUUUACUCCUUAGUCGUAAAGCAGAGUCAUAGUCCAGGUCUAUGUCAUCUACUGAUCUACUUUUUAUCCCUUUUGUUUUCAUGGAGGGAGGUAUAGCGUACAUUGUGCUUCUAAUCUUGAUACUUCCAGCAGCUGUAUUUUGACUCCGUCAUCAGCAACCGAUUUGCGACUGAUGACUGUUCUUGGCUUGUGAUAAUAUACAACAAAUCUGUUGUAAAAGAUUACUUCUCUUAUCUUGAAAUAGUUUGGCUACACUACUACUAAUAAUGUAAUGGAUGCAGGUAUGUUACAUGUUCCCGUGCUGCUGGAUUGGAAUGCGUUUGCGUUUUCCUGUUUGAACAAAAUGUGAUCAAGCCUUCAAGUAAAGGCUGUUUUAAUCUUUGAUGCACUCGGUGUGUGAUGUAAAGCUUGUGCUGCUACAGUUCUACCUACUUAGUAGUAUUUUGUUUUAAUUUUCAGUUUA